AUAAACUGCAUCUGAAAACUGCUGCUCCAAGGAUGACAUCUCUCUGCUGUUCUGUCAAGGACCCGGUGUCCCCCUUGUCUGGAGAAGCUGCACCGAUCCAGCUUUCACCAUCAGGUCCUUGAACUCCACAGAAGAUCCCAUGAUGAUCCACCUCCUCCACCAGCGUCAUCUUCAGGCUGUACGACCAAGGGCAGGUCAGAGAGUUCUUGAUGUCACCAGACCCAAAGAGUCUUUUUACCCUGGCGACGGUGUGGAUGGACAGAUCCAGUUAAUCCUCACUGUCUGACUAAUUACAUCGAUCCAGAUCACAAUCUGGCACCGGCCAUCUAGUUCACUUGUCUGGGACCCCAGGUUAGCACAGGAAACGGGACUGAAUGCCCCCCUGCUGCCGCUGGACACCGAGGUUCAACCAUCCAUGUUGAUGUUAAUUGAAUAGGAUGUGUGAGACCAUCACCCCUCCUGCCAUUGGUGCAGCUCUGGUCCCAACGUUUUGUUGCAGUUGAAACAGCCUGUGACGGACUGAGUGAUCUGACACUGGACUGGCAAUAAAGGUCCCAGCAAAUUUUAGCGGAGGAGCUGCUCUGUUGGGAUCACCACACCAGUCAGACCCUCAGGACCCCGGCACUUGUGAUAGGUACCAAUCCCCCAAAGCUGCACAACCAGCCACACAAAGCCAUGAUAAUAUGUGACCUGUCAAACUUGUAUAAUCCUCAGCUAACCUACCUCGUACUGCUGUGAUCAUCCUAUCAACAGCAACAACAGCAUCUAUACAUGCUUUUGUUUAGCAUCAAAAUAUUUUUUCUUGUCCAUCGCUGGUAAUAUAGAGUAAAAAUCUAUAUGAAUCAGGAGUUAUGUAAUCAAAGGAUGAUUGGAUUAGAACAAGCCCAUCACUCCUGCAGUCGCUUACUUCUCUGCGUUGCAUUAUUAAGUUUUUUAUUCAAGUCCAGCUCUUGUGUUUGACGGCUUACUUUUUUUUUCAACACAAUAACCAGGCACAUAGUCAGAAAUCUCCUCCUCUUGAUGCUUUUCGCUCGUUCUCUCACUCACUCCCACCAGAGCGCACACACACACACACACACACACACACUCAGCAACUCUAACAGCGAUCACAACAGAUGCACAGACGAGGCAGAGGGAAGACACUCAGCAGGAUGAAGCAACAAGACAACGCUCAGACUGGAAACAUGGUCAAGUUUGUCCAAGAACAAUCUGGCAGAUUAAAUGCAGAUUAGCAGUCAUUUUCGACCAACAAAGAAGAAAAACUUUGAACCUGUACCUAUUUCACAAGGAUGUCCUCAGAGAAAAGAUUCUAUUUGCUCCAAAUCUGAGGCUGUCAUUGAUUUUCAGCACCGGACAGUUCCAGUGGCCUCGAUGAAACCAAACAACGUCACUGCUGUUGCCUGUUUCCAAACUGCAGUGUCAUAACUUUUGCAUGCCACUUAGUUGGGGGCUUCUACUCUGGCAGUUAUGACACUGAUGGAAUGUGGUUUGUAAUGAUUCGGAAUAACAUCAUAACUUUACUCAUAUGCUUGAGCAAAAACAUAAAUCUAGGUCGUGUUUAAAUUCCAGUUUUAGGUUGUGUUUCAUUUGGUUUUGUGAAACACUUCAGAAAAUGUAUAAUUUCAAAUGAAAAAAAUGACUGUAUGUUGAAACAACAACAUAUCAAACCAUGGUAAUAUACACACGUUAUGUGUCCGGCAAAGUGUCAGAAAGGUCUAAGCCACAUCCUGCCUGCCAUGUCAUAUGCAGUUCACAUGUGCUGUACACACAUAGAGUUGACUCAAAAUCAAAUGCAAUAAUGACUUAAAGUGGCACAAAUAUCAAUGUCAUGAUGAUGAAGUUGUUGACGAUGAUGAUGACAAAGGUUCAGUGAGCAAUGGGUUCUUGCUUAUUGGGAUUACAAAAAUUGAAAAAGAUGUUGGUGUUUUAUCCGGUUUUAGACUCUUAUUUGUUGUGCUGCUCACAGACUGAUAAAUACACAUUUUGUUUACCGCACAACUGUGUUUUGGUCCAUUGUGUGAGUUAAACCCCUGUGUUUUGAGGUUACAAAUAUUGGGUGCUAGUUUUUGGAUCUACUUUAAUUAAUAGAUUUAAAUAGUAGUAAAUAGAAGAAUAUAGCAAAAAUGUCUGUAUUGUGUUUUUGGUUAUCACAAUGAAAUACUGUAGCUAUCCAACGCACUACGUUUACAAUGCGAAUAUGUGAAAUCUGAACUGAUUCUUGUGUCACGUUGCUCUGUUGUCUUGGAAUACACCUAGAGAUUUUAUUAUUUUUAUUGAGAUAGUGUCAGCAGGCGUUCCUGUAUGCUUGGUCUGUCGGGGAAUUGUUUGAGUUUGUGCAAAUUGCAUUACAUGUGGAGGUAACAUCCUGACAUCAUAAUCUCUUGAUGUUAAUCUGGAUUUUUCUUCACACACUGCGCCAGGAGAUAAAUCUGUCAAAGUCCUUGCUAUAUAUAUUUUAUGCUCUCUGAUCAAUACUUUGUUUUAUUUUCUUUAGUUCUGAGCCCCACCCAGCUCUUUUCAUUAUCCCUCCUCAACCGAUCUUCAUAUGUCAGAGAAGAGCUUAAACCAGGUCACGAAGCAGCAGGCGUCCACCUUUCAUAUCGUUGUUUGGCUUCAGAGAUUAAGGGAUAUUGUAAUCUGGUAUUUGUUGAGGGCUUCCUCCAUUCGGUCCUUCAGGAUUAAUCUGUAAUAUAUGCCAGUUAUUCUUCUCUGACGUACUUGCAAGAGCUAUUUCGUCAGUUCUCCUCGCUCAUGUCAGUGCUGUGUCCAGCACAGUAUUGGGAUAAAUUUUCUGGGCUGAUCUUGUAAUCCCAGUGCUCAGGCUUUUAGUUCAGAUGUGUCGCAAGAAUGAGAGAAUCUUCACAUCACAGUGAAAACAAUUGCAAAUGGUUGUUGUUGUUCUUAUGAGUGAUUAUUAGGAAACAGAAUUCCUUUUUCUGUGCUGUAUAAAAUGUAUAUACUUUAUCUUACUUCCAAUCGAAUGUUCUCUUUUUUCUGCUAGAAACAGCUUCAUUUAUUUAUUGACUUUAUUUAGGAGAUAAAUAUUCAUCCAACACUAUCUAAUAGCUUUAUCUAAUAGCAUGAAUCUCCUGUGAGGGGAGGUAGAGAGCAGCAUACCAUCCAUGUUGGAAGAAAGGCCCACUCCCACUGUAAUUCAGCUCUCUUUAAUUGUUAUUUAUUUAUUUACAACAUGAAUUGAUUUAUGAAAGUUCUGCAUGCUGUUGUAUUUGUCAUGUUUCAGCCUUCAUUUCUGAACAGGAGGGAGAAGAUAAGAUGUGAAUUGAGACUUCUAAUAGAUGAAAAAAAAGUAUUACACAUUAAAACAUAUAACAUUACUGUAUAUCUGAAGUAAUUAUCAUCUGUACUGGGACUGUCGGUAAAAUGCAUUACGAUUACUUAGUUUUAACUGCUCACAUGAAGAGUCAAUAUGCCAUACAUUCUGUCUUAUUGUCCGAUCGUCACAGGGUUUUGCUUCGACUGAUGAUUAAAAACUAAAAUGGCCCUUUUAUGCUAUGUUCAUGGAUUAGCUAUUUACCUGAAGCAAGAAUCAGUCAUGACAGUGCUCCCUCACCUCAAUGUGGUUCAUCUGUUGGGUCCUUGACUUGUCGAAGAUUUCCUUUGUUUACUACAUGGCAGUUAUGUUUUUUGAUACUUGGCCUUAAAAUGUACCUUUUCUUGCCUGAGUAGUGAGUGUGUUGAAGGUGCUGAAGAGGAGGAGGAGGAGGGUGCUCUCAAUUCACCUCACCGCACCUCACCGUACUUGAACUUGCAUGGCUUAAUCUGAACACAUGCAGUAUAGUCAGCCCCCCUUAUUUUCCAUAACCCUGUUCCAGGCUGUGAGGAUAGAGGUGGAGGGAAGAGCUCCAGCUAGUUUUACUAAACACUGUGCAGAAAUUGUUUAUAUUGGAUUACAUUCAGAAACAAAAGACAUUUUCCUGGAUUGUUUAUCAUGAAUGUAGCCUUGAGAUAAUGGAAGGAUUCCUCGGCUUGAGACCCCUGUUCACGUUUGGUACCAACUCAAUCACUCUCAAAAUAUGCAUCAUCUCUCAACUUUCCUCCGACUGGCUGUUGAGUUGUAAAUGAAUCAGUAAUGCCUUGAAGGAAAAGCAUUUUAGUCAUGUGAUCAGCGAGCUGUGUAGAGGAAGCGACAGCGUAUUUAGCACAGAGCAGUCAGCAAUAUAUAUUCAUCGAUGCUAAAGGCUUUCAGAAAGUCCCCAAGGAGUCCGAAUAGAAAACGGCCUUGAGAUGAAUCCUUGAUAUAUAUAUAGUAUUGGUUUGUUUCAAGAACAGUUGUGGAGUCAUGUGAAGGGCAUUCUCCUCCAGAUGUGGGAGUUACUGAGCUGACGUAAUCAUCUUCUCUGUUGGGAUUAUCCCACGGAGAAUCACGCUCAAUCCUGCCAAUCAGUGGCCAGAUCGUGACAUCUGUCCUGCGCAGAGCGGGAAUAAGAAGUCCAGAGCCCGUGUCAGUUCUUGGGACAAGAAUGCUGUCACCCAAACAAGUCAGGUAAAUUAAUCUGUGAUGCCAAAAAUAGAAGGAAAAAAAAACAAAGCCUAUCAAUGCCCUUGAAUAUUGCAUGCGAUUGGACUUUUAUUGGUUACGUAACCAUGUGCUUUUUGGUUCUUGGGAUGUCAGCUGCUGACAUAAUAAGCCGGGUAAAAUCAGCCGUCAACCUUGUCACCAGGCCAGCUAGCAGAUCAAUUGUUCCUCUAACAGUAGAUUACCACUCACUCAUCUCUUUUUGGAUCUCUGUUCCCCUCUGAUCCCAGUCUGGUUUUCCACCUCUGCAUGGCCUGAAGCUCCCAAAGGCCAGCUAGGCGCAAAUAUCUAUCAAUAAGCUUUCAUCACAUAAGCUGUCUGACCAGCACUGGACAUUAGGGUGAAGCCUAAAGUUGACGGGUCUUCUUCAGCUGAACAAUUCAUAGAUGGAGAUCAUAGAGCUUCUGUAGAUGUUGAGUCGUGCAGUGUGACAGAAAUAGACGCUGCUUCUGUGCUGGUGAGCAGCUCUUACUGAAGCUGAUGCUCCACUGCAGCAUGUCCGAGGACAAGGUGGAGGCGAAACAAAACCCUGCUGACUGGGAAUGAGAAAGAACCCGGCAAAUCGCAGUGGAGGCAUCAUUAUUGUUGCCAGAGAGAUGAGCGCUGUAAAAGUCAUGAAAUUCACUAUGCAGUGCUGCCUGGUGACAUCAUGAUAAACAAAUUAGAUGAGUGAAUUUACUCCCAUCCUUUACCCUUCAAACUCAACAUGCAAGAAGCCAAAAGAUUGAACUCUGUCAGCAUUUUGCCAGGGAACAGUCUGAAGAGAAUGUGAUGUCAGGGUUUUGUUUAGCAGCAAGAAUCUGUGGUUCACCACUGAAUCUGGCUCACAACACAAGAGAGACUCCUUGACGUACAGAUAUUUAGCACUUUCCCUUGAGUCAUUGAAUCCCCUUCCUUCUGCAUCAAAAAUUCUACAUCGAUAAUGGACUAUUUCAGCUAACUAGAGAGCACUUGACUUUCAGAAGAAUCCUUUUCAUUCUUGCCAGGUCUUGCCAGGUAUUAAGUCCAUAUUAUUAUUGUAUUGGAGUCAAAUAUACUUACUUGUGGAAUGCAUGAGAUUUCUUUGAGAGAAUGAGACAAUAUGUAACUUCUACACUCUUUGACUCUGUUGUUUGCAGGUCCCUGCAUCCUGAGAUGCUGAUCAAUCCAGGAAAGGUCCAGUCUUAACUACUGCUUCCCAGUCCAUCAUUAGAACUUUAAUGGUUGGAAGUGCACGUCCCAGCCUGCAUUACUGCCUCUGCAGACACAGCCUGAUGAUCACCAUUGCCAUGGGAGCGGUGAGAGUCAACAGAUACAGUAUUGUUUCGACCGAUGAAGAUAUCCUGAAGAUCUCAGCCCUGGGCCUGAACAAUGGCCACAGUCCUCUGCACCAGCAGACUCUGAUGGACGCCUGCAUCCGUGGUGAUGAAGAAGGAGAGUAUUCAGAGAGCGACGAAGGCCGGGGGGCAUUAUCUUUGAGGCUGCCCAACGAACCUAUCACCCAGAACAGCUGUCGAUCUUCACCCCUGUGCCGACUCGGCCUGGAUCUGGACACCGGUCACCUCCGAAGUCGCUUUGUGAAGAAGAAUGGCCAGUGUAACGUGGUGUUUAACAAUAUGGAGGACAAACAGAAGAGAUACCUAGCAGAUAUUUUCACCACCUGUGUGGACAUACGUUGGCGAUACUUGCUGCUCAUCUUCACCAGUACCUUCCUUCUGUCCUGGCUGAUGUUCGGGUUCAUCUUUUGGGGAGUGGCUCUAGCUCAUGGAGACUUUGACCCUCAUGAUCCUGUGAAGAAAGGUGAACCACAGAGCUCCGCGGAGGCAGCAGGGGAUGAAUGGCGGCCCUGCGUCCUCCACAUGCAAGGCUUCCUCGGUGCUUUCCUGUUUUCGAUUGAGACCCAAACCACAAUUGGGUAUGGCUUUCGUUGUGUCACUGAGGAGUGCCCCAUUGCUGUGGUGACUGUGGUGGUCCAGUCCAUCAUGGGCUGUAUAAUCGACUCCUUCAUGAUCGGCACUAUCAUGGCAAAGAUGGUGCGGCCAAAGAAGCGAGCUCAGACAUUGCUGUUCUCACACAACGCUGUCAUCGCGCUGCGCGACGGUAAGCUCUGCCUCAUGUGGCGUUUGGGAAACAUGCGCAAAAGUCACAUCGUGGAGGCGCACGUACGCGCUCAGCUCAUCAAGCCACAUGUGACCUCCGAGGGCGAGUACCUUCCUCUGGAGCAGACGGACAUUGAUGUGGGUUACGAUGAUGGUCUGGACCGGCUAUUUCUUGUGUCGCCGCUGGUGGUGGUUCACGAGAUCAACAAGAACAGUCCGCUGUACAACCUUAGCCGGGCUGAUCUCCAGAAGGAGGACUUUGAGAUUGUUGUUAUUCUGGAGGGGAUGGUGGAGGCCACAGCGAUGACCACUCAGGCCCGUAGUUCCUACAUGGCUAAAGAGAUCUUAUGGGGUCAUCGUUUCGAGCCGCUGGUUUUCGAGAAAGGCAAAUGCUACCAUGUGGACUACUCCCGCUUCCAUAAGACCUAUGAAGUGCCCUCCACCCCUCACUGCAGUGCCCGAGAACUGAGUCAGACGACAGUUUGUGAGGGUCAGUCAUCAUCUUCAUCUAGUUGCUCCCAGUCCCCCUCACCUUAUCGCCCAAGAAAGUCCUGCCACUCGCUGAGUGGUCAGUCGCCCAGCGCUUUCUGCUACGAAAAUGAGGUGGCUCUGUGCUGCGGCGAUGACGAAGACGACCCAAAGAGGGAGGCGGGGAGAACUGAGAAGGAGGCAAAGAUCAGAACCGACAAUCACGUGGGGUUCAAGAAGACAUUAGAGGAAGAACAAAUGGGGGAGAUGUUGUGCGUUCUGCACUCAGAGAACCAGAUCGGUGCGGACACGCUCCAGCCCUCGCUUCCGUUAUACAUCAGCCGAGAGUCAGGAGUGUGAAGACAAUCGAUGGCUAAUGGAGGCACUUUGGUUUGUGUGCAGCCAACCAACAAACAAAGAUGUGCUCAAAGGCCACCGUCUGAACUGCAAGUGUAAAAAAAAAAUAUAUAUAUAUAUUUUGCAGAAGCGUUUGUUUUGACAUCUUAUGUUGGACACCAAACUUCCCAGACGUUUAAAGGAAAUAUUUUUGGAGCGGUAAAAAAUCAACAAAGAAUUGUCCUACCAGACUCCAAGACAUGUGAUGGUGUGUCUGUUGGUGUCCUUUACAGCAGACAGGUGACUUGUCCAGCUGCUCGACAUAUGAUUCAUGUCGCAAUAUGGCGACUCAUCAAUACCUACUUUUGAAUUUGAACCUGUACUCCUUAUUUUCCUGUCAUAUCUCAAGAUAUGUGGACUGGGUGCCGUGAUAUCUUGUACACAAACAAGUUACAGUCAUGUUAACGUAACAUAGCCAAAGAAUAGCGACCCUACUGCUGUACUACCUGAAGCCAGGAUGAGCAUGACACGGGAGGAUGAGGCUUGGGUGGAGUGGGCGGUGCCAGGAGAAGUUGACUUUGGGUUGUUAUUAUUAGCACGGCUACUUGUUAGCUCUUGAUGUUCUAUGAUUGCUAUUUAUUCCAUUUUACCUGCAGUCGUUCUCUCCUGCUUUCUGACGACUACCAGAUGAAACCGCUUCACCUUCACCUAACUUCGGGGAAGAAUCAGCCCCUUUGUCAUAUGUAUAAAAAAAUAUGUAUUUCUGAUCAGACAUUAAAUUUUGACAUCCAAACAUUUAUGUCCUUGUCAUUGAUUUUGAUUAUUCAGAACUCAAAACUCAAAUGGGUUCAAAACCAGAAAUGUCAUUUUCAGUUUUACAGAGCACCAAUAUGCACUUCCAUUUGCAGUCACAUGGGUCCUCGCUGGUGCUCGGUGGUAAAGUCUUGUUUCCCAGCUCCUGUUCCUGGUUUGUUCAGCAGUUCAUGUGGUUCUAUAUCUACUAUUUCUGCAUUGAAUCGUGCAACUUGUCACGCUCCCCUCACCUCACACUGACGUGUCAUUGCAGAUGCAGAGAAAAACGACCUUACUGCAGCAAUAAAACGUGACAAAUGAAAGAAAUGUGAU